UUUGGUGUUGAGGUCACAUCAAACGUUUUUUUAAAAACAGCCCACCUAAGGUCAGCUGCCUUACUCGGAAUCGAAACAACAUCCAAAGUGACUAUCUUAGAACACGAGAUUUAUCGACACUCAAUCAAAAGUUAAAUACAAGUGCCUGGGAUCAUAACGGUAACUGAUAACUCAAUUUGCAACUGCUACUAGUCCUUUCACAUUAUUCAUUCCGUUUGGAUAUUUUGUCGGAUGAUCGACCAGAGAAUGUUAUUCUGCAAAUAAAUACUAGUGUCUGGGAUCAUGAUUGUAAGUCUGAUAACUGUUUCAUUAGAAAUUCCCCGUUAACCAACUGUUUUCAUUUCUAGUGGAUGCACCGUUAGAUUUAUCACGUCCAACAGUAUCAGCCAAUGAAACCAUAGCUUUAUCAUCACCAUUAAGUCCAACAACAGCUAUUCGAAACAGUCUUCAUUCACUUCGACCAGUCAUUUCUGGCCAACCACCAUCGAAAAGAAUUGCUUUAGAUCGAGAAGCGGGUCAACUUCUAACAACUGAACAAGCUUUGGAACAAAUGAAAGGGAUAGAAGAGCGUGCGAGAAAGAAAAAAGCACUGAGAAAAAAACCAAUCGUGACCUCAACACCAAAACGCGCUGCUGGUAAAGCAAAAUCGAAGAAAAAUUGUGCUUUAUAG